AAAGAAGAAAAAAAAAAAAAAAAAGAGAGGAAGGGUGGGGACGUGGCACGAUAUCCCCUGGGGCGUGUUUGUUCCAACCCUAGACCUAAACGCACCCAACUCUUUCCCUUUCUCUCCCAAACCUCCGUCUGCUCUCAGCCGUUGGAUCCGAAUCCGCCUGUAUCUUCACUUCAUAUGCCUCCUUUCAAUCCACCGGUACCCUCCACGAGUUGGUCUGGGGUUGAUUAGGAAGAUAAUGGUCUUCACUACUGCUGCUGCAUAAUUCCUGGUCAUAGUCAUUACAAAACAGCUGUCUUAAAAGGAUUUUAAGGAGUUACAAGAUGGAUCAAUCUUCUAUUUUGAAUUUCCAUUAGCUUGCUCAGUUUCUAGUUGAAGCUAUAUCGCAAACAUAGAACAACUUUGAAUCUCUCAAAUGGAUGAUGGUGGGCAUCGUGAGAAUGGUCGGCAUAAAGCAGCUCAGGGCCAGGGAGGAAUGUAUAAUAUUGCUUAUGAUAUGAAACAGUGGAUGAUGCAGCAUCAGCCGUCGAUGAAACAAGUGAUGUCAAUAAUAGCAGAGCGCGAUGCGGCGAUUCAGGAGAGAAAUCUAGCGAUCUCGGAGAAAAAAGCAGCAGUAGCUGAACGCGACAUGGCGUUUCUCCAGCGAGACACGGCCAUCGCGGAGCGCAACAACGCGAUCAUGGAGAGAGACAGUGCGCUCACAGCUCUACAAUACCGUGAGAACUCCAUGGCCGGUGCUGCUGCCGCCGUUGCCAAUAUGGCGGCGUGUCCACCGGGAUGUCAGAUAUCACGCGGCGUAAAGCACAUGCACAAUCCUCACAUGCAUCAUCAUCAUCAACACCACAUGCCUCAGCUGAGUGAGAAUGCAUAUGAGACCAGAGAAAUGGAGCCGAACGAUGGUCUCCCGACGUCACCACCUAACGGAUCCGCCUUGGAAUCUGCCAAACCGAAACGAGGCAAAAGAGUGAAAGACCCAAAGGCGACGACAAAGCCCGCUGCGAACAAGAGAGGGCCAAAGAAUCAGAGGAAGGUUAAGAAAGAGAGCGAAGACGACUUGGCUAAGAUAAUGUUUGUAAAGACGACCCAUGACUUCGGUGAAGAAGAAACAAGUAAGCAUGUCUUGAUGGGAUCCAAAUCCGACUGGAAAAGCCAAGAGAUGGUGGGGCUUAACCAAGUUGUGUAUGACGAGACGACAAUGCCACCACCUGUAUGUUCGUGCACAGGGAUGCUAAGACAGUGCUACAAAUGGGGAAAUGGAGGUUGGCAAUCAUCGUGUUGCACGACCACACUAUCGAUGUAUCCAUUACCGGCGCUGCCCAACAAGAGGCAUGCUCGAGUUGGUGGAAGGAAAAUGAGCGGGAGUGCGUUCAACAAGCUUCUAAGCCGGCUAGCUGCAGAAGGGCAUCACGAUCUCUCAAAUCCGGUCGAUCUCAAGGACCAUUGGGCUAAGCACGGUACGAACCGCUACAUCACCAUCAAAUGA